AUGCAGAUCGAGCCACCGGGAUCGGACUACGAUGCUGCCAUCUGGAAGGCUCAUCAGCUCAAGGCUGAGGCGAGUCUCUCGGGGCAGCAGAAUCAGCACAGUCCGGUGAAGGCGCAAACGAGCUUCUUGACUCGGCUCGCGGGCAUCCCGAAUCUCACGGCCGACGACCGUGGCGCCGCCAUCGGCACCGGUGACAAGCACCGCACGUGCACCAAAAGCGUGCACAAGGUCGUCUUCCUCUUUUGCUCCGUCACGCUCGCCAUCAUCAUCGCCUGCAUCAUAUUCGUUGAAAGUAAGGUGCUGCUGUGA